AUGAAGAUCCCGACCAUCCUGUCGUUUGGCGCCCUGGCGGCAGCCUCGAGCAUUGACGUGUGCGAGAAGCUUCACUCCCAUUACCCCGAGUACACUGUGUGGGACCCCUUGAGCCCGCAAGGCCCCGAGUCCGCCCUCAAUGCCUCCAUGUACCGGACUGCGCGCUCCGAGUAUUGGAAUGGAGUCAAUGCGAGAAAUCGCCCAGCGUGUAUCUUCUUCCCGUCCAACGCCGAGCAGGUUUCCGACGCCGUCAAGCACCUGAACGAAUAUCCUAACGUCGAAUUCGCUCUCAAGUCCGGUGGCCACAACUUCAAUGCGGGCAUUUCAAGCACGGCAGGGGGUGUCCUGAUCUCUUUCAACGAGAACCUCUCCUCGGCGACCCUGUCCUCCGAUGGAAAGAGCUUCGAGGUGGGCCCCGGUGCCAGAUGGGGCGAUGUCUACGAGGCGGGGGCCAAGGACAACAAGAUCGCCGUCGGAGGCCGACUCUCCAACAUUGGCGUUGGCGGCUUCGUUCUGGGAGGAGGCCUUUCUUACUUGUCAGCUCAAUAUGGAUUGGCCUGUGAUAACGUGAUCGAUUUCGAAGUGGUCCUCGGCAACGGCACAGUAACCCACGCGAACAGCAAGACCAACCCAGACCUCUGGUGGGCACUGAAAGGAGGCGGCAAUCGCUUCGCCAUCGUAACCAAGUUCACCUUGAAAGCGCAUCCCGCCGGCGUGGACGGCAAAGUCUGGGGUGGUAUCCGCUUCUACUCUCGCAACGACCGACAGGCCGUCUUCGAGGCCGUGUCGGAAUUCGUCCGGGACUACCCAGACCCCAAGUCCGCCGUCAUUCCGACCUUCGACUUUGGUCUACCGGGAGCAAUCGUGUCCAACCCGGCUCUGUUCUUCUUCUACGAUGGACCGACGCCGCCUGCGGGUGCGUUUGGAAGCUUGGACAAGAUCAAGCCGUUGUUGAACACCACGGAUACCACGACCUACCCCAAGCUGGCCGACCAAGCGGGCGGGGGCAAGAUCUAUGGCAUCAACGCGGCAGCCCGAGUGAAUGCAUUUCCCAACCUGGACCCCAAAAAGACCAGCGAGCUUUUUGAGGAUCACUGGAAACUAUACCAGGACCAGAUCAAGAACGACUCGAGCCGGGACAUCGACAUCCAAAUCGGCACAUUCACUCCCCAACCCGUAUCCGUCUUGAUCGCCAAAGCUUCGCAGGCCAACGGGGGUAACGCCAUGGGACUGCAUCCCGACCACGGGGACCGCAUCUGGGUAGAGAAUGACCUGAUCUGGGUGAACCCCGUAUGCAACAACGCCUGUCCGACAUAUCUGAAGAAUAUGGGAGACGGUGCCAAUGCCAAGUUUGACGAGAAGUUCAAGGGAGAGAAGCCCACCAACUACAAGUCUGGCGAUGUGGAGUUCAUCUCACAAAACCCGCUGUUCAUGAACGAUGCCGCUGAUUAUCAGGACGUGUACUCGAGUUAUGGAGAGGAGAAUAAGGCGAGACUGCAGAAGAUUGCCAAAGCUUAUGAUCCCAAGGGCUUUAUGAAGAAACAGGGUGGCUGGGAUCUGUAGUCGGACGGCGUAUACACCCUGUCAGGAGUAUGAAGAGUCUCUAGCGGCUGCUUUCGGGGUUACAGCUGAGCGUGGUUCAGACUAGUGCUCAGCGUGGUUGAGAAAAUCAUGCUAAAAUCCUGAACCACGCCAGUAUGUUGAGUAUAGUUCAGGAAUCUAACCCCCUUUGAAACACACUCACGCUACUCUACGAAAGCAUCUGUGUAUAAUCCUAUAAAGCACUGG